AUGGCUUUCGACAUCGCCGCUGGGCUGCACAUCUGGCCAGCGUUCCCAGCGCUCGCUCAGGGCGGCUUCCUAUCGAUAUCGAUGCCGACGACCUACCGACAGCGCAGGUGGCAGUGCUGGUCCGGGCCGGGCGGGCGGCAGAAGCAGCCGGGGAGACAGGGCCUUGGCAGCGGCAGCCCGGUCCGUCUCGGGAAGACAUUGCUGGAGGCGCCUGUGCCGCUGGUCCCCGUCCCCGGUUGUGAAUUGCGCCAUCGCAGAUACCGCUGCGACUGGCAGCAGCUGGGCCCCGGGCACCUGCUCAAUGAGACGAGGCUGUGCUUUUUCUUCUUGCGUCACAGAAGGCUGUGCUACAACUUUCAUCCUGGGAUCCUGGCAGGGCGGGAACCGCAGGCGCCCGUGCGCGGCAUCGAGGAGCUCCGGCAGGGCUCCUCGGCAGCCUCUCGUCUUGGAGGGGCCGCGGCGGAGGUGCUGCCGGGGCCAACCUGGGGCCAACCCGCCGCGGGCAGGUACAGUGGCAGCGACACGUUCGAAUGCACAAUGUUCUAUGGUGUUGACUUGCUGGGGCUAGCCCUUGUUGGCGUGAUCCUCCAGAUUUGUCUGGGCUCGAGGCCCAGGCCGACCCCCCGCGGCGCGCCGCUGGAGCUGCCCACGGCCGCCAUGGCGCGCGCUCCGGAGUGCGGCCCGCUGGCUGCCGCGGAGGAGGGCAUGGCCGAACCGCUGUGCCCCGAGGCCCUGCUCGUGGCGGCGGGGAGCCCUGCGGCGGCCAGCGUGGAGGAGGCGGAGCACGGAGGCCUGCUGGCGGCCGCCGCUGCCAGACGCGCGCGCCCGGGCGCGUCGCGCCGGGGCCGCGUGCUCGGCACCGCGGCCGCCCUGUGCGUGGCGCUCGCGGUGGCGCUGCUCGCUAAGCAGUGGGCGCGGUCCCGCCGCGCCGCCAGCGCGGACACAGGUGAGACGACGGGGCUCUUCCUCUUUGGUGCGCUGGCCGGCGCGGCGGAGGUCAUGCUUACCGGCGCAAAGGCGGCGAAGGCCAUUGGUGGUGGCUACAAAGACUUCAACGGGCUUCUCAACAACUCGGACAUGAGCAAAGAGAUCUCCACAUUGGAGGCGAUGCUCAAGGUCGGCGUCAACAAGUCGAUCGUGCUGGACCCUUCUUGGAAAAAGUUCUUACCGAACGAGACGCAAGGGAUGAACGAGUCGCAGAUGAGGGCGAUGCUGUUCCCUCGAUUGCAGCGCCAUGAUGGGAAUCUUUGUUACGACGACGAGGAGGAGCACGCGGGCCUGUGCUACAAGCGAUGUGAGCUCCUCACGUUCGGCACGCACCCUUUUCGCACAAGCGCGUUCUCCUGCUGCAGGAGCGCCCCGUGCGAUUGGGAUCGGACGGCGUUCAAGAUGGGCAUAUGCGGUGGGUAUUCCGUGUCAGGCGAUACGGCCAACGGCAUGUGCCCACACACCCCAGGUGCGUGCUUAGCGAACGAGGAGCUUCUCAACGGCUUGUGUUAUAAAAAGUGCGCCAUUUUGACGGUGGGGGAAUACAUGUACCGCACCGGUCCCUCAACAUGCUGCAAGUUCCGCUCGCAGCUCGCUUGCACCGCCGGUGCAAAAGGGCCUGGUGGCAACUACGCCAUUGUGAACACAUCGUUCGCCACCGGGGGUGGGCUAUGCACCAAGGAGAUGCCGUGCACGGUGCACAUGCCACUCGUCCGGAUGUCGGAAAACAAGGAGUGGUUCCCUUGGGAUAACAUCACUAACAUCACUGGGCAGGACGCGCUGGAGAGCGGCACGACGACGGAAGAGGCGGCCAGACGACAGCUCGAUGACACCACGUUGGCUGACGAGGAGGAGGAGGCGGUGGGUGCGCCCGCAGGUGCGGCCGACAAUUUGGCGGCGGCCAUCGCGGCAGAGAAGAAGGCGAUCGCAGUCAUGCAGGAGGCAGUGAAGGCUGCCAAGGAGGCGGCCGCGGUCGCCAAGGCGCAGGCAGCGCCGUCCGCAGCGGAGUCCGAGAGACUGGACGCAGCGCUGUCCGCGGCGGAGGCCGCAGCGGAGGGGCAGCUGUCCGAGCGCGGCAGCACCCUGGAGACCCCGGCGGCCGUGGCGGAGACUCCAACCGAGGAGGUGGCAGCCUUGAAGAAGUGA